AUGGCGGUGCAGGUGGUGCAAGCUGUGCAAGCGGUUCAUCUUGAGUCUGAUGCUUUCCUAGUUUGUCUCAACCAUGCUCUGAGCACUGAAAAGGAGGAGGUGAUGGGUCUAUGUAUAGGGGAGAUGGAUACCAUCAGAAUUGUUCACAUCCAUUCUGUCAUUAUCUUGCGACGUUCUGACAAGAGAAAGGACCGUGUAGAAAUUUCUCCAGAGCAGCUGUCUGCAGCCUCAACAGAGGCAGAAAGGUUGGCUGAACUUACAGGUCGUCCCAUGAGAGUUGUUGGCUGGUAUCAUUCUCACCCUCACAUAACCGUUUGGCCUUCCCAUGUUGAUGUUCGUACACAAGCCAUGUACCAAAUGAUUGAUCAAGGCUUUGUAGGACUUAUUUUUUCCUGUUUCAUAGAAGACAAAAAUACAAAGACUGGUUGGGUACUCUACACUUGCUUCCAAUCCAUACAAGCCCAAAAAAGCUCAGAGUAUGAGAGAAUUGAAAUCCCAAUCCAUAUUGUACCUCAUAUCACUAUUGGGAAGGUAUGCCUUGAAUCAGCAGUAGAACUGCCAAAGAUCCUAUGUCAGGAAGAACAGGAUGCAUAUAGAAGGAUUCAUAGCCUUACACAUCUGGACUCAGUAACCAAGAUCCAUAAUGGCUCGGUGUUUACCAAGAAUUUAUGCAGUCAGAUGUCAGCAGUCAGUGGGCCUCUACUACAGUGGUUGGAGGACAGAUUGGAGCAAAACCAGCAGCAUUUGCAGGAGUUGCAACAAGAAAAAGAAGAGCUUAUGGAAGAGUUGUCUUCCCUAGAAUAAAGCAAGAGGACAAAAAUGUGAUAAUAUUGUUUCUCAGUUUGUGCACUGAAUAUGGUUCAAAACUAUAUACAACUCCUAUGUAGGCAGAUAAUUCAGGAGCACUUUUUAUAUCCCAACAGAUAGUUUUAUGUAUAUAAAAAUACAAGAUGUCUUCCUAAAACUUUUCCAGAGCGUAUAGAAUCCUCUUGCCUACAGUUGCUGUAAAAGAAAACAUGCAAGAUGAUUCACAGAAUAUGAAAGUUAUUUUGUAAGGGUUAUAAGAGAUGCAUUAGCAAGGAAUAUCUGGGAAUAAAAUAUUUGAUAAGUUUAUUCUAAAUGUUAAGAACAUUUAUUCUAAUUUUGAGCUGAAGUGUCAAUAUGCAUCCCUAUUUGUCCUGGAACUCACUAUGCAUACCUCACUAAGCUGCCCUCAAACGCAGAGAUCCACCUGCCUCUUCCUCUGUAGUGCUGGGAAUAAAGAUGUGCACCACCUACCAUGCUUGGCAUUAAAUGCCUAUUCUCAAUGAAAAUACCUGACAUAAAGUUUUUUUUUUUUUGAGACAAUGUCUCAUUAUGUAGCUGUGGCACGUCUGGGACUCACAAAG